AUGUGUCCGGGGAUGAACAGAGCGACUGAGGGGGGCUGCUCCACAGCCGCCGAGGGCGCCCUGCGAACCGGGACUCUGCAUACGGUGAGGGUGGGGGUGAGAGAGGUCAGGAGAGGGCGGGCCAGGAACGGCCGCGGCGACAACCCGGUGCCCCGGCCUGACCCCAACCCUAUGCAGCCCAGCGCAGGGCCGAGGGCGCCGAGGCCGAUGGCAUCCACAGCUCGGCUGACCCAGCCCGUGGACAGCGCUCUCUGCCCGGCCGCGCGCCUCGCUCCUCGGCCUCCGGUCCCGCGUGGACGGGACCCCACACCUGGGCCCCCGCGGGCCCAGCUGAGGGGUGUUUGGCCCCGUUCUCGCCCGGAGGCCCGCCCUGAAGGCCAGCCGUUAGCCUCGGGGCCCCAGGCGGGAGCUAUGGGCGGAAGCUCUCCGCGGGGGACCCCGGAGCGGCGGCCCCCGCAGCCCCCACCUAGGCGCCCUAAUUUGCGAGCCGGUUGCAGAGCCCUUCCUCCGGCCGCCCGCUCGCCCAUGUGUCUCACCGGGUCCCGGCCUGGGCCGCGGGGCGGGGGUCGGUCUCCGGGGGCUACCUCGAGUGCGAGGUGGCGCGGGUUCAAGCUGCCGCCGCUUGUCUGUACUCCCCGAGCGGCCGCCGCCGCCACCGCCUUAUCGCAGCACCGCCCCCGCCGGACCCCGCCUCGCGCCCGCCCAUUGGCUCCGCCGCGCCCGGCGCCGCCGCCGACCCCCUCUGCGCUUUGUCUUUCCCUCGCUCGCCGUCCCCGCCUUUGUCUGCCCCCCGCCCCAACGCCGCGCUCCCGGCGCUACGCACCUCCCCUCGGGCCCCGCGUUCGCUGGCCUCGCGAAACCGGCCGCCCCGUCGGCCCGCUCCAGGAGGCGGGAAUAGGAGAUCUAAGGCCCUACGCUGCAUGCCUCGGGGCAGGGACGAGUUCAAAAUGA